AUGACUUCAGGGCAAGGUAGCAACAUUACGCUUCCAUCAAUCAAAUUUCUACUCUCUUCGCUGGAGCAUGAUCGGAUUGCAUUUCCACCGAUUCCACCGCAGUUCGAUCAUGGCACAGCAUUGAUGACACAAACUGGUGAGCCGGUGACUGGGACGGUGGAUCAGAAGUUGGUGUCUCUGCCACCUAGACCUACUGCUAACAACGGGGAUCGCAACAGCAAGAGCCAGUCACGGUACAUUCCUAGACCGAGGAACGCAUUUAUUCUGUUUAGACAGCAUUUGCACCAGUCGCUGUUCUCGAAGCACAAAGCGGCGCUCCAUUCCCUCGGCUCCUUCAAGAACAAUAGCCUGGUCUCUCGCGAGAUCGGCAAGCGCUGGAAGGCGCUGUCGCCAGAAGAAAAGAAGUACUGGCAGGACUUGGCAAGCACCGAGAAGGCGCUGCAUCGACAGAAGUAUCCCAAUUACAAGUACAUACCACGGAAAGUGAAGGGAACUCGAGCGGCUAGGAGCCGUGUAGCCGGACGCAACUGCUCCCAGCAGGCAGAACUCGUAAUGAAAUAA